CAUUCCCGUAUAACCCCCGCAGCCGCCGCCGCUCCUCCCCCUCUCUUCCUCCCUUGGCCAAAUUUUGCGGGAAACGCGACGCCACCCGGAGAAACCCUCCUCCCGCACCUCGCCUCCCACCCUGCCAAAACCCUCGCCCCUCCUCCUCCUCCUCCUCCUACGAUGGCCGCGCCGACGCCUCCGCCCGCCGCCGCCCCCGCCGCGGCGCCAGGACCGACGCCGCCGGCGCAAGUGGUGGGCAACGCCUUCGUGCAGCAGUACUACAACAUCCUCCACCAGUCACCGGAGCUCGUCUUCCGCUUCUACCAGGAGGCCAGCCGCAUCGGCCGCCCCGCCACCACCGGCGCCGACAUGGACACCGUCACCACCAUGGAGGUACCGCUCACUCCCCGUCCGUUGUUUCCUCGAUUCAGAUCUGGGCAUCUGGGGGCCUUAGAAUGUUGGGAGACUUUCUCAGGGGUUCUGAAUGGUUUCUUCUUGCAGGCGAUUAACGAGAAGAUCAUGUCCAUGGACAUCGCGCGGGCGGAGAUCAGGGGGGUGGACGCGCAGGAGUCGCUAUGUGGCGGUGUGACCGUGCUCGUCACGGGCCACCUCACAGGGAAGGACGACGUCUGCCGCGAGUUCGCGCAGUCCUUCUUCCUCGCGCCGCAGGAGAAGGGUUACUUCGUGCUCAACGACAUACUACGUUAUGUCGGGCAGGGUGAGGCCGACCCGUCAUUGCCGCCACCUCAGCAGCAGCCGCCGGCACCGGAGUUGGAUGCAGUGGUUGCCCCUGCUGCCGCCUUGGCAAAUGGUACUGUUGCCCCUGUGGAGACUGUGCCUCGCGAGCAGGAGGCUUCGCCGCAGCCAGAGCUGGAUCUCUCUGAGUCUGUUCCUCAUACCAACGAGGAGGAGGAUCCCAAGGAGGAGGUUUACAACCCACCGAAUGACGUGGAGGUGCCUGUUGUGGAGGAAACACUGGUUCCUGAGGUCAUAGAUGAAGUGCCAAAUAAUGUAGCAGCCUCCAUACCGGUUUCGGCUCCCCCUGUACCACAUGAGGAGGCCCCUAAGAAGUCGUACGCUUCAAUUGUCAAAGUCAUGAAAGCAGUUCUGCCACCAAAUUCCACAGUUCCUUACAGGCCUGCACCACCAAAACCAGAGAAGCAAGCUCCUGCUCCUGCCCAGUCUGUGGCUGUUGAUGCUCCAACUUUCAGUCCUAAUCCUGAGAGCAGCAACAUUCAAGACCAAGAAGUUGAUGCGCUUGCGGUGUAUGUAAAAAAUCUGCCCUUACAUGCCACACCUAGCCAAUUAGAAGAGGAGUUCAAAAGAUUUGGUACUAUUAAACAUGAUGGUAUCCAAGUUAGAAGCCACAAGAUUCAAGGGUUCUGCUAUGGCUUCAUAGAGUUUGAGGAUGCCAGCUCAGUUCAAAGUGCACUAGCGGCUUCUCCUGUGACGAUUGAUGACCGGCCAUGCCACGUCGAAGAAAAAAGAACUCCUGGUUCACGUGGUAGUAGCAGGGGAAGGUUUCCACCGGGUAGAGGUGGUAAUUUCCGAGGUGAAGGCAUGAGAGGCCGUGGUAGUUACACUGGAGGGAGAGGCUAUGGAAGGGGCGAGUACAACAACUAUCGAUCUGAUUUUGGAGGCAGAGGCGGUGGUAGAGGCGGCUCAGGUCGUGGAGGUGAUGUUGGCUACCAGCGGGUUGAUCACUCUGGCACCGGUGGUCGUGGUGGUGCCCGGGCAGCUGCAAAGUGAGUUUGGUAGCUAUGCGUUGGUAGAAGUUUGCUAUUUCAUUGUCGUUGAACGUACUAAGAUUCACAAAAAUGGUGUGUCGUGAGCUGGGUUCCUGUGCGGUCGUUGUCAGCGUAUUCAGGUCAUAAAUUGGUGCUCUCCUUGUUUUGUGGCAAGGAAAGCAGUGGUGAUAUUGGUUACUAAUUGUAGAAUAUUACAAUCUAUUCAGAUGCAGUCCUAGUAAGUUUUGGCAUUCUUUUGA